AGCACCCUGUAAGUAUCUGUCAGAUCUUUUACAGAGCUAGAGGUCUGCUUAUUGGAAGCAGAGUUAUAUGAGAAAUAACCUGUGAAAAACAGUGUAGCUCUACUUUAGAUCCAUAGAGGAAAGAUAUGGGACUUAAGUAUCUACUACUAAUAGGCCAAAACUGAAUUUGAAUUUGCUACAAAAUUUGUUACAACAUCCCUGAAACAGAUCAACUGUAGUCAAUUGGAACUGAACUUUUCACCAGUGAAACAGCAUGCUAUCAAAAACACACACAGAUUCAACCAGAGGAAAAUGAAGACCUCGCCAAUUUGUACUUCAGACAAGAGGAGAUGAAGAACCCGCUGCUCGCAGCUAUCUUUUUAUUUGCAAUGGAUUCCUGCAACUGCGCAAAGGGGGAUUUUUCGUUUUGCCAGCAGCUCCCAGACUGGGACAAUGAAUUGGUAUGCUACAAAGAAUUAAGUGAGGAUCUAACCUGUACCUGGCUGCCAGUACCCAGUGCUCCAAAUACAAUUAAUUAUACUGUGUUCCUAAAAUGGGACAGAAUACCAAAACUUUUUCAACGAAACACAUCGUCAUCUUCCAUUACGAUAGAACGAAGGAAUCUUUACAUGAAGCGAUCUGCAUCUAUUUGGAUAGCAGUGAACUAUGCCCAUGACAGCUGCGUGAAAGGAAAGAAGAUCUCAGUCAUACCGAGUGAAGCAGGGAAGUGCUCAACACUAUCUAUCAUAAAUGCUCGCCAGAUCACAAACCAAUUGAUAAUAAAAUGGGACCUGCCUGCAACUCCUACACUGUAUGAGCUGAGAUACAGAGAGGCACUCACAGAAUCUGCUCGGUGGACAGUGGUGCCUGUAGAAAGCAAUGCUGCCAAUGUCACCAUUUCGAACUUAAAUGCUAUGUCUUCAUACAUUGUUCAGCUCAGAUGCAAAGCCAAGGAUGGUCUCCACUGUGUUUGCAUUUGGAGUGAAGAGAUUUUGGUCCCUCGCAAGCUCACAAACAAACCAAGAAUAUCAUAUAAUGCUACUACAGAAAUCUCUCCAGGCAGAAGAAGUGUUCUUCUGAAGUGGGAGGUAAUACAAAGCGAGAACAUCCUUGGAUAUUACAUUAAUGUGGAAAGAAUACCCAACAGUUGCAGGAAUUCACCAAAUCGCAUCUGUCUAAAGAAUAGAGAAGUUCUUCUAAAUCUCUCCAUGGCUUAUUACAGAGUUAAUAUUUCUGCCUAUAACAAAGCAGGAGAAUCUCCACAAGCCACCUACAUUGUCCCAAAUGUCUCUGCAUCAGACUUGCCUGGCCGAAUCCAUGUCAAACACCAGGGAACUAAUGCAGUUGUCACCUGGACUCCAGAAUACAUGCCAAAAUGUUUUGUGGUUGACUGGGGCACUGGUAAAGAGGAUAUGCGCAUGAAAAUAGUAACUACAGCUGCUGGGAAUUUCACACUAGACAAUUUUCAGCCAUAUAAGUUGUACAAAAUAAUGGUACAUGCAUCUGAUGUGUGUCAGUGUGAAAAUUUCACAAGAUAUGAAAAGACUUUUGGAGUGACCCACUUUUAUUCAGUUGAAGGAGUUCCUAGGACAGGUCCUGCUAAUGUGACAAUUCUGAAUAUCACAAAGCAUUCUGCACUUGUGAAGUGGACUGAAAUAGCUGCCGAGGACCGUUUGGGCUUUCUCCAGGGUUACAGGAUCAGCUACACAGAUUCAUCAAGGAAAAAGUCUCUGGCUGUUACUCUCAAUUCUUCUACCACAAGUUACCAUCUUACCGGACUGAAGGAAAAAACAGUCUACCGUGUGCAGAUUUCAGGAUUCACUAAUGCUGGUGAAGGACCCCCAACUCUUUCACAACCAUUCAGCACUCCAAAAUAUGAUAAAGGAGAAUUUGAAGGUUUUGUGACUGGCCUUUCCUUUGGCAUGAUGUUCAUUCUUGUUUCUGCACCUCUUGCUUUUUCCCUGCUGCUUAAAAGGCUGAAAAUAUCAUGCUGGCCCAGUGUACCAAGUCCAAGAAAUAGCAGUGCACUCCAAGAUAUGACUAGCUGGAAACCUGUUUCAAAGUCGCUGCUUCAGGCCCUGUCAGACAAUGAUACCACCAGCCUUUAUGUCAUAGAGCAUGAGUCAAAGGCUUCUUUGAAGCUAGACCUCUUCACAGGUGGUGGAGAAGACAGCAAGUGUGACACUUGCCAGUCAGAAGAACCUAGCAAUAACACAGACAUAAGCCUAAGGCAUGAAGAAAUCCCUGAAGAAGCAGUUACAAGUGAAGAAGAAGGAAUCAUUUCCAUUACAGUACCACUUUUGAGUGACUACACCAGCAUGGAGUUCAGCCAGAAAGCCCUGAUGAGUCUGACAGUGAAGGUGCCUGCAAAGGCUGCUCAUCCCAAUCUGGAAAUGGAGCUAGGCAGUAAGCCAGCACAAACUGUGCAUCAGGUUUUGUUUGCUUCCCAAGACUAUCUCAAGCAAAGCCAGGUAGUGCUUUUGCCAUCCGGACCAGCUGUCAUGGGACAAGUGAAUUCAAACUGAAGCAUCUUUGUAAUUGCCCAUACCAUAAAAGCAAGUUCCAAAACCCCUGAUGCUUAAAUGGAGCCGUUUGGACCAUAUAGAACAGUGAGCUUGUGACAAUAGUUAGUCUGUACUCAAUAAGGUUCCUUGGUGGACUAGAUCAAUGCUAUAAUUAUGUUAGCUAUUUCACUACAGUCGCUCUCUGUAAAGACCUACUGUCCUCACACAGGCAAAACUUUCAGGGAACUGUAUGGAAAACCUUCUGGUAGGGUACCUCCUGCUAGGUGCUUAGUCCCAGGGUGCUCAGGAAGCCAGUUCAAGGCUUCUGCUCUAAGUACAAUGUUGUUCUGGUCAUCAGGGGAGUUCUCUAAUCACUGUGGUCAGUUUAAGACCUGAUUUUCAGAACUGGUAAGUUCUUCAGUAGAAAUUCCAGCAAAAGCGUCUAUCACUCCAAAGAAGCUUUUCAGCUGGUCAAAGCUGGCCUAACAAAAGAGUGAAAAGCCUUGCAUUUAGGAAUAGAAAAUUAUGCUUCUCCAUAUACGUAAAGCACCAUUAAGCGCUUUAUGUCUUAGAUAUUUACACCUUUAUUCAUCAUAGACGAAUAGUGCUGUGUAAAUUAAGAUCGUAGUAAGUAUCAUUACUAGCACUGGGGUGUUUUUUUUACUCGCAUUAAAAUAAGGCUAUUUCUUCCUACAUUUAUCUAUGCAAAGCUUGCACAGAGGAGGAGUCAUUGGAAUGCAGGGCAUAAAAGGGUCUUCCAUAAUAUGCUCUCUCUGUUACUCCAUUAUGUAUCUCCAUGGUGCAAGGAGUCUGAACUGGUUUUCCAGCUUGCAGCAGCUUCUCACCCAUGAACUCUGUAGGCAUUAAUGGUUUGCAGUUAUUGUAGAUGACCCAGUUUAUUGUGGUUGUCUCUAGUUGAAGGGGCAUUUCAUUAAAAUUAUUUUGUUGAGAAAGAAAUUGGUCAGCUGUACCAAAAGCACCAGAGGCUUCUUAGGCAUCUUUCAAAAUUCUCUCAUUUAGAGAGAAGGGUGUUUCACAUUUAUACAAAUAUUUCUAUGCAUAUUAGGCAGUAUGAGUUAUAGAAUAGCCAUGCUUACAAAAACCUCAAAUUUCAUAUCCCCCACUUGACUGAUUUAGUGAGGCCCCAUAACAAAACCAGUUUUAUUAGUUUUCCUUAUUUAUAGUCACCCUCUCUUUACUUAUAUCUCUUUAUGUCUGUUGGGGCUGGCAGGAACCAACCUGUGUUUCACUGGUUUUUAAAGUUUCACAUUAUUUUUUCUUAGCACUUAAAACGUACUGUUUUGCCACAAAGCAAUGUACACAUUACCUACCACUCACCCUUGUUACGUCUGCUCAUUGAAAGAAGAGGUAAUAGGAGCAACUCUCCAUACCACCUCAAAGGUCUAAGCAGUCUUUUAAAUCUCUUUCUUUGUUUUUAUAACUUUGAUCAGGUGACUUUGCCUGAUUUGAAUUUGGGAGAACACAAAUGAUCCCGCUAUUAGCAGAGCUGUUGCUACUUGCAAUGUCUAGUAGAGGGGUUGAAAUGAAAACCUGUUAUGGACAAUGAGGUCCUCAAAUGUUAUAAAAUCAUUAUCAAGCAGUCACGUGAACACAGCCUAAUUUGUCCAUUUCCAAAAUAUGAGAAAUAUCCAUGCUUCUUACUUAUAGUAUUUCUUCCAUUUCUGGUCAGAGCAACUUGUUUUACUGGUGCAGUUGGUACCUUCAAUAACUUACUCAUCCCUGUAAACAUUGAAUUAUUUUUUUCUUACUCUGUGCCUCCCAAACCAGUACAUAUUAUUAUGUUACAUAUAAAGUAUAAAGUAAACACGUAGACUCAAACCAAUAGCUUGUGAGCAAUUUCAGUGUAUGAAGCAGCCUUCAAAUGCGAAACUCAAAAGACAGUUUUGGGCUUUUGACCCAGUGAGGAUUGCUCUCAUGAUGUUAGCCAUUGCCUGACAUUUUGCUAAAGAAAAACCACUUAUCAGGCCAGAAGAAUUUCCCUAAAAGUAUACAUGGGCCUAUUUGCCUCAAAUAGAAGGGAUGUAUAUACUCCACUUUCAGUUAUAAAGCUCACAGUAUAAUUAAUUCUUAGUUGAUCUCAUUAGAGCAAUACUAUACUCACUAUUUGUAUAACGGCUAUAAACUGUACAUUUGGGAGAAGGAGAGAUACAUAGAAAACCCUGGUAUGAAGAUUAAAUAUAAAUGAAGAACUCAUCCAUCAUGAUGUAUCCUUUGAGAGCAAAGAAAGAAAAUUUUAUGUGGAGUGAAAAAGAGUACACUUGCUAGACAGUUUCACCUAGACAAGGAUGAGGCUUUGGUGGAAUAAUGUACCUACUCAGGGCCAUGGACCUAGGAGAUGCGUAGUGCUCAGGUCUUCAGAUUAGGGACAACUAGGGUUUUGUGGCUUGGUUGCUUGGGUUUUGUUUGGUUCUUUUUGGGGGAUUUUUACUUCAGUUGAAAGGGACCUACAACUGACCUCUUCAGGCAGUUUGAAAAACUGUGCACUUAUACAGAUGUAUAAUGACUGCAGAAGCCUACCUCUACUAAUAAACAUGUAAGAUACUUCAUGUGCUAUAGUACUGUUCAAGUGGUUUCAGUAGUGUUCUUAUCUUCAGUAUUCCUGAUUUUGAUAUAUGUUAUAUUAGGAGUGAAAUUGCAAAUAUGAAGGCUCAGGACCAUAUAAGCCAAAGCAUUUUUUAAUAUUUUUUUCCUUUUCUUUUCCCAGUCAGCAUAGGUCUAGAUGAUGACUGUUAGCAUUAUGGCAAUUUAGACAUUGUAAAAGC